AUGUACAUUUGGACUCGGGAUCAAGCAAUAGAACUGAGAUCGAAACUCCGAAUGGACCUCACUAUAUUCUGUGACUCUCUCAGUUCAGCAGGCCAUGCCUUGGAUGAUCCCGUUGAGGAACGUCGCUUCAUUCAUCCCGAGUCAGGACGAUGGCUUUACCGUGGCGAGCGACCACCUCACUACGCACGUCAUCUACCUGCACCUGGACACGAAGUACUGGUUCACAACACCACUAGG